GUCUACUUACAUACUUCCCCCACUGACAUAUCAACUACGACAAGACCAAGGGCAAGUACACUGGAAGGGCAGUCUGGAAGUAUUGGGUACAGCCAGUAGUCCAGUCUUGCACUACCCAGCUUUAGGGCAGGUCAGUGGUACCCGGUCCACAAGGUGGCCAAGUUGACUGUAUCCUGACAGUCUUGCACUGCCCCAGUUCAGAAUAGAGGAUCAGGGCUUUUCAAGAUACUUCGGUACCUUGGAAUACAGAUACAUAAAUCGGGAUAUAUUUGAAGGCUGCCUUUGAAAGUGUGGACUUUAAAACCGCCGUGUCAGCUGUUCAGAUCGACAUGUUUGGGGCCCUCCUGUUCAUCAUUGCUACCUCCGUGCUCCCAUGCCAGGGUGUCAGUGACGGAAGUUACAUGCUGACGAUGUCCAGGUAUAUGGAGGUGGGGAAACCACAGAAGAUCUGCAUGACACUGUACAACCAAACUCUUGUAGAUGUGUACUACACAAUGCAGUCCGGCAACAAAAGAUACUUCUUCCAGAUACAGAAGUACAGGAAAGGCAAAGGCGGCUGUAUCGACGUUACAGUACCCGCCUACGCAGCUGGAACUCGCAACAGGCUGUCAAUAAGUAUUGUCGAGCCUACAGGGAAGUUUAUAGACAGGUCCCACGACUUCGUACCGAGUUCUCCCCUACGAGUCACCUACAUACAUUCGGACAAACCAAUCUACAAGCCUGGUCAGCUUGUGCGAUUUCGGAUCAUGACAGUCGACUCUGAUUUGAUGCCUGACUUGGGCAAGAUUUCUCUCGUUCGUGUAAUAACACCUACCGACGUCAUCAUGAAGCAAUGGCGAGAUAUUGACAACGACAAGGGGAUCGUGACACUAGAGUUCCAACUGGCGGCAGAGCCAUUGCUUGGAGACUGGGUAAUUUUGUGGAGACGGGCGGUUAUCAGAGAAGAACCACGUUUAAAGUAGCCGAAUACGUGUUACCCAAGUUUUUGAUGACGCUGUCUCCACCAAAGCGGGUUGACGACAAGACGGAGGCCAUAAAGGGUGAAGUCUGUUGCAA